CAAUACUGUGCGAGACAGCGCGCAUGCGCACAACACUACCCAACCAGUGUCGACCCCAGCCAUCUAUUAUGCUUCUUCGCAAUAAAAGCUACCCGAAUAUCUGCAAGGAAAACGCUACCGGAGCUGCUUGGGGUGAAAAGUGCUGACACUCAGGUCCUGAGAUGGGAUGUGCAAAUCGAGGUGGGACUAAGGAGCUGCAAGAGGAUCAUUGUAACUGAGCAAAGAGGUGUACAGACGGCAUUCAAGCAUCUUCUUCCCCUUAACUGGCCAGUAUGUCGGUAGUCACGUCCCCUGCCCAGGUGCCUCCACCUAUUGUAAACCCUUCCCCACCUGAGGUCACAAACCCCAGUAAGCCUGGCCGAAAAACAAACCAGCUACAGUAUAUGCAGAAUGUGGUUGUGAAGACUCUGUGGAAGCAUCAGUUUGCGUGGCCCUUUUACACACCUGUGGAUGCCAUCAAAUUGAAUCUGCCAGACUACCAUAAAGUUAUUAAGAAUCCAAUGGACAUGGGAACCAUAAAGAAGCGACUUGAGAAUAAUUACUAUUGGACUGCUGGUGAAUGCAUGCAGGACUUUAACACUAUGUUCACAAACUGUUACAUCUAUAACAAGCCCACAGAUGACAUUGUUCUUAUGGCUCAAGCCUUGGAAAAGAUUUUCCUCCAAAAGGUAGCUCAGAUGCCACAGGAGGAAGUGGAGCUUCUACCCCCACCACCAAAGGGCAAAGCACGGAAACCUGCGGCACCCCCUGGUUCAGAAAACCAACAAUCAAUAGCACUGACGACUGGUUCUCCAUCCUCGUCAUGUCCGAGCUCCCCCCCUCAGCUGGCUCAGACUCCUGUAAUAGCUGCAACUCCAGUCUCGACUAUCACCUCCAAUGUCCAAGCUUUGCCCCCUGCCACAUCCAUGAUCCCAACCGCACAGCCUGUUGUCAAAAAGAAAGGGGUGAAGCGGAAAGCAGACACUACCACACCUACAACCUGUGCGAUCACUGCCAGCAGAAGUGAGUCGCCCACUGCAGUGUUGGAGUCCAAACACAGUAAAGUAAUUUCCAGACGAGAGAGCACGGGUCGACCCAUCAAACCUCCCAAAAAGGACCUGGAAGAUGUGGACGUCCUACAGCAAGGCAACAAGAAAAGCAAGCUCAAUGAUCAUCUCAAAUACUGUGACACUAUUCUUAAAGAGAUGCUGUCCAAGAAACAUGCAGCUUAUGCCUGGCCCUUCUACAAGCCUGUAGAUGCAGAGGCCCUGGAGCUUCAUGACUAUCAUGAAAUCAUCAAGCAACCAAUGGACCUCAGCACUGUCAAAAAAAAGAUGGACGGUCGAGAAUACCAAGAUGCCCAAAGCUUCGCAGCAGAUAUUCGGUUAAUGUUCUCAAAUUGCUACAAGUACAACCCGCCUGAUCAUGAGGUUGUUGCCAUGGCAAGAAAACUACAGGAUGUGUUUGAGAUGAAAUUUGCUAAGAUGCCAGAUGAACCUGCAGAGCCGUCCUCCCCUAAUGCAGUGUCGGCUACAGCAUUGGUGAGCAAGAGCACCGGCAGCAGUGAGAGCAGCGCAGAUUCCUCCAGCUCCAGCUCUGAUUCAGAGGAGGAGCGGGCCACCAGGCUGGCUGAGCUGCAGGAACAGCAAUUCGUUGUGGAGCACCCCAAUGGUAACAGGGCGGGGACAAAAAACGGGUGUGCCAAACGUUUUCAGCUGAAGGCUGUUCAUGAACAGCUGGCCGCUCUGUCACAGGGUCCUGUGAGCAAACCAAAGAAAAAGAAAGAAAAAGAGAAGAAGAAAAAAGAAAAAGAGAAGGACAAAGACAAAGACAAGAACAAGAUUAAGUCAGAAGAUGAGAAAAAGGCCAAGUCCACACAACAGAAUAAGCCAACUCAGCAGAAAAAGACCUCUGCACGGAAACCCAACAGCACGUCCACUAUGAGGCAACCGAAAAAAGGGGGCAAACCUGCCGCAGCUAACUACGAGUCUGACGAGGAGGAGUCUCUUCCCAUGUCUUACGAUGAGAAGCGGCAACUCAGCUUGGAUAUCAACCGGUUGCCGGGUGAGAAACUGGGCCGUGUGGUCCACAUCAUCCAAUCGCGUGAGCCGUCACUCCGAGACUCCAACCCAGACGAGAUCGAAAUCGACUUCGAAACGCUCAAGCCGUCCACAUUGCGCGAGCUUGAACGUUAUGUCAAAUCCUGUUUACAGAAAAAGCAACGUAAACCUUUACCGGGCACUGGGAAAAAGAGUGCCAAGUCUAAAGAGGAACUGGUACAGGAAAAGAAGAAAGAGUUAGAAAAGAGGCUACAGGACGUGAGUGGACAACUGAACAACAACAAGAAACCACCCAAAAAAGCAGAGAAGGCGGGGUCAGCACAGGGGGGCGGGCCAUCUCGGCUGAGUGGCAGCAGCAGUUCUUCUGAUUCGGGAAGCAGCAGCUCCAGUGGCACCAGCUCGGAGAGCAGUGACUCAGACUGAACUCAGAUCAGCGUAUCAUGUACUUCAACCUCUAUUUUCUAACGAGUAGUGUGUGUUGUCAUGAAUAGUAUCUCUUUGAAGGCCUAUUUUAUAAAGAGCAAGCAGCAUUGCAAAUGGCAGAGGAUAUUUUAAAAUAGUUUGUAGAAUGCUCUUGGCUCAAACAAAGAAGAGAGUGGGAAUAGUUUGAACAGUUUUAAGGUUAUUUUGCUGGCCCUCAAAGGGAAAUUACCUGGUAUCACCAGAGGGAAAAUUUAUUUUAUUUUUAAAUGUCGUGUGAGUGUGUGUGUGUGUGUGUGUGUGUGUGUGUGUGUGUGUGUGCGUGUGUGUGUGUGUGUGUUUUUUUAGGUUGCUGCUAAUUAGAUCCAUACUGAAAACAUUCAUUAGUGGAAAAACUGUCAAAUGCCUGGCUGCAUUUUACUAAUCGAGUAGCUACAUACGGUUUUGAUGUCUGAAGGUAAAAAGGCCUUUGACGCGAUUUUGUCAUGUUAGCAUGACUUUUCAACUCAUUCCACAUUUAUUUUACAGACUAUGAUAAUACUCUUUGUUACCAUUUUUAAGAGGAUCUAUUUAUUUUUGUUUAAUCCAAAAAGGCACAGUUACAUGUUUUCCACAUGCUAUCUUUACAGAAAUGUUUCUAGACCCGUUUAAACAAGUAAUUUGGCUCAACAUAACUCUCUAGACAGUGUCUGUUGACCCUGGUGUCAGUAUCAUUAUUAAAUCCUUUGUUUUGAGAAGCUUAAGCAUAGUUUGCAGUAAUUUUGGCUAUUUCAACACUGUACAUUUUCACUGCCAUGCUCAGCUCAGUAUUUUGUUGUAGAAUUUUGUCAGAUUUUUGUUUGUUUUUAAUCUAUAUCAUAUGCUUUUUUGCUUGUUUUAUAUUUGGAUUGUCUUCUGUAACUUUUUUUGUACUAUUGAUAUUUAGGCAAGUGACGCCAUUCCUACAUUUUCUCUGGAAUGCCUCAUUUUUAAUCAAGUCCACUCAUAGGACAAUCAAAGCUUUGAUUUAAAUUCAGUCUAUAUGAUAUCCAGGUAUUUUAGAGUGGUUGAGUGCAUUCAGAUGUUCAAAAACACACAUUGGAAUAAACAAGCCUCACUAAAACUUCUGUAUUUUGGGGUGGGGGUGGGGGUGUAAAGAAAACGAGGGAAGCAUUUAAUAGAAAAAAUUUGGACAGUUCUCUUUGUGAAGACUUAAAUCAGCAGUGCUAGAUUAAACUUCAGAAGGAUGUGUUUAACAGUAGCUAUUAUUAGUUGCAAGUAUUGCAACUAAUGUAUGUUCUCAAUUUUAAUAAUUACUUUUAUUUUACUUUUUCCCUCAAAGGUACCUAAACACUUCACAAAACAUGCUAUUUUCUUGCUGUGUAUUUAGAAAUGUUUAUUUGGAAAUGACCAUGACUGAUAAUCUUUAUAAAAAACGAAUGUAUUAGAGGUUAUUUUCUUUUUGUGGCUUCAGUAAAGCUGCUCUUUUAUGAAGUUGUGUGGCAUUGGCAAGAAUUAAUUUCUUGAAGAGCCUCAAAUCUCAUCCCAUUAAAUUCAUUGGAUGUGUUCUUGUUGCCUUAAGUUUAGUUGGCACACUACAAUAAAUUAAACUGGUUUGGUAUAGCUAAUAAUGUUGAAACUAAUGUGUAUAGUUCUUUAAAUCAAAAGAACAUGAAAACACAGAAAUCUUAAUGUAAAGUGACUUCAAGGGUUUUCUUAUAUGUAGGAUGCAUUAAAGUGUUUUAUGUUAUUUCGUUAUUACCACUGUAUUGCAUUACAUGUUCAAACCCAGCAUUUGUGUGCGUGUGUGGCUAUAAUCUACAUUUUCUUUAAAUGAUUAAUUUCUGUUACAGUUUAAUUCACUCCGUUCCUCCAGCAGAGCCCAGUAAGUACAAUUGGGGUUCUUCAAACAGAAAAUGUUGCAGACAGAGAUAUAAAGAUAUAUAAUUACAGAUAUAAAUUUAUAUUCACUACUUAUUCGUCAACUCUGUCUUGGGCCUGGAUAUUUUAUGGUUUGUUUUGUUAUGAGAGAGAACAUUUGUGUAGUGCAUGCCAAUUUACAGUACAUUUCUUAAACUUUUCUAGCAGUUUAUAACAUGUCAUUCAAGUUAAAUUUAAAACUUGGUAGCGCUACAUUAUGUUAAGUUCAGCCAGUUGAUAAGUAUGUUUUGGGACAGACUUAUAAGGUAAUCUGAGAUUUGGACACUGAGCCCCUUCAUUUUUCGUUAAUA